CAGUCAUUCGCAGCAGAGACGUUGAGCGGAACACGACAGCCAGGAGAACAGGAGAUCGACCGUUCUUCGCCCAAAAGGAGCUUUGCCUCAGCCUCAGUUUUGCGCCUCAGUUCUUGUUCUUCUGUUGUUAAGUUUUCUUUUUUGUUGCGCUUUCUAUUUUCAAAAGUUUUUCCCCGUUCAAAAAUCGUUUAUCAAUCAAUACGUUCAUCAUUCGCCGUUCAAUCUGCGUUACGUUACGUUCACGUUUACGUUUUUAAAGGUGCAACACGCGUUCAAGUUUCUGUUCUGUUGCCCCAACAUUUCGUUUGACACGCGGCUGCGGGGACGACGACGACGACGACUCUCAGUGCAAUGGCCACACAAACGCAAACACAGACACAGAUCCUGCUGCCACAGCAGACACAGACAUCGACACUGUGCCACCCGCAUAGCAUUGGCAUCCAGCUGCAGCACAAGGGCAUGCCCCAUGGCCUGGGUCUGCUUACCACAGUGGCCUCGCUGCCGCCCAAGUACCGCAGUCGCUAUCUGAAUCUGAAAAGCAAGUGUGAAAUUCCGCUGGAUCUCUCGGUGAAGCCACCAACACCCACAAUGGAGCUGCAGGAGGAGCACGCGGAGCUGAAUCCAAUUAGCGAUGAGACGGAUGUGCCGAUGGCCACCACAUUCGCUGAGGUUUAUAGCACCGAAACCGUGCUAGAGGAGGAGGUAAAGCAGCAGGAGGAAGAGGAACAGACCACCACCAUCACCCCACCACAGAGUCCUGGUCCGAGGCUGAAGCGUAAAUUGAGCACCACCGAUGACGAGCUGGACCAACAUGUUGCAAAGUAUCCAAAAACACAGGAGGAGCAGCAGUUGGAGCUGCCCUCAACCAGCAGAGCAGCAGCAACGGGAACCCUCGUGGAGGCCACACCUGCCAAACCCAUAAAAAUCUCAGAGCCACCACGGACCAGCAAGGCAGCGACAUCGGGCAAGUCCUCGUCGCGGAAUAAGGCCACGCGGAAGCUGAAAUUCGAUGAGGAGACAAGCUCCCCGGUUUCGGGAACAAUCAUACGACCCCUGGAGGACAUCACCGAUGGAACGAUGCAGUACAGCAACGGGGACAUUGAUCCCAAGUACAACAUUGUGGAGAUUACCGAGGAGACGAAGGCAGAGCUGGCGGCCAUCAAGAAUGUCAUUGGGGACUAUGUCUGCCGCUUGUGUCGCAUCAAGUUCGAGGAUGCCUUCGGUCUGGCGCGGCAUCGGUGUGCGUGCAUUGUGCUGCUGGAGUACCGCUGCCCCGAGUGUGGCAAGCAGUUCAAUUGCCCCGCGAACUUGGCCUCCCAUCGGCGGUGGCACAAGCCCAAGAAGGAGGCGGCGGGCGUGAAGAAGGAGAAUCAGCAGCCAGCGAAAGGUGGAGGAGCCAUCAAGAAGGUUGCUGCGGCUGAGGAGGCUGCCACUGGUGGUGGCUUUGAUUGCUCGGACUGUGGCAAGAAGUUCAAGCGGGCGGCGUACCUCCGGAAGCAUCAACUGACCCACGCAAAGAAGGGAGCAGCCGUGUCCGCCAAGGAGAUGCCACAGACAACCAUCAGGGCGGUGUUCAAGGCAACGCCAUACAGUGGAGGAGCUUCCACAUCAUCGUCAUCCGGUUCCUCAUCCUCCUCUUCGUCAGCCAGCAGCAUGCACUCGCAAUCCACGCACGAGGAUGAGGGCGUGUACGUUGUGGCACCCAACACCACAGCCACAAGGAGCAGCAGCAGCAGCCACUACGGCGGCGACUACGAUGCCGACUACCUGUCCGACAGCAGCUCCUCUGCCUCCUCGGCGGGCUAUGGCCGCCUGCAGAUCGUGGAGCAUGGCCUCACCGAGGAGGAGAGCAUUGCGGCGGCGGCACUCACGAAUCUCAGGAACUGCGCCUCCGUCAUUCAGCACACAACGAUGGCACACUAAAGAGAAAGAGGGAGGGGGAGCGAGCCCAA